AGAAAAGUUUAAAGUUUAAACCACCACCAAAUCUUGGUUCAGGAUUUUAAUAAAAAAAAUGUUCCUCUAUGCGAAUCUGGAUGUAUGAAGUUACACGAAACGUCUAUUUGAAAGAAGAUGAUAAAUAAAGUAAAUUGAAUCGUGGCUUUGAUCGCGGCUUGCAAAAUUUUAGUAUAAAAAUGUGGAGCUUUUUAAAACCAGAACGAAAAAACACUAAAGUGAGCAUCAUGGCUCCCGAAGACUCCACAACCAAACGGCAAUGCGCGUGGCAAUGCACUCAGCUACCGAAAAAUGUUCCCUCACCUGGACUUGCGCAAAAUAUUCUACAUCCCAAGAAAGAUGUCUUUUUGCUAAAGGUUGCAAAAAUCGGUCCUAACGGAGACCGCCGCUGCAAAAUGGAGCUUGAGCUGGUAACUCCGAAGGCUCCAGAGAGGAAACUGCCAGGUCGAUAUGAUACCAAGGAGACUCAGUGCGACAAUAAGCCAUCGUGCAGCUGCCUGCAGCAAAAGAAGAGAAGACAAUAAAAUAUAAUUCUAAGGGCCUGUUUCACCACUUCCUG